AAUAAGUGGCCAUGACUUUAUUAAAUAAUUGUGGACAAUAAUAUUUUGUGAACGCACUCCAUGGUUUAACGUCCAACACUCUAACGUAUUCUGUGUUUCUGCGGUAAUUAAGCUUUUGCCGUUUACCGUUUAGUUUUGUGCCGAACGUUAAAAUAGUCGUAGUGUAUCACUUUUGCAAACACCUCGCACCCGCUUGUCAAGGACGAUCGCCAACAUGAGUGAUGAAGAAGUUGUUCAAAUUACCAGCCUUUUGGAGCGCACGAUUUCCACCGACAAAGAAGAAUUAAAUCAAAUACAGAAAUUUUUGGAGCAUGCAGCGCAAACGAAUCUCCCAGGUUUUCUCAAAACAUUAUCUAAUGUCUUACUUUAUUCCGUCAACAACCCGGUCGCUCGCAUCGCCGCCGGCCUUCAAAUCAAAAACCACAUUACAUCGAAAGAUGAAGCGGUUAAGGUUCAGAUGAAACAGCGUUGGUUGUCUUUCACUGAGCAAGACCGUCUUUUUAUUAAAGAAAACAUAUUCAAAGCACUCGGCACAGAAAGUAGGCCUAGUUCUGCUGCUCAGUGUGUUGCCAACGUCGCUAUUAUUGAGUUACCAUUAAACCUUUGGCCCGGUCUUAUUGCCUUGUUAGCAGCAAACGUCACUGAUCCAAACUCGUCUGACGUUCUCAGAGAGUCUUCUCUAGAAACUAUCGGUUAUAUAUGUGCUGAGACUGACCGUGACGUAUUAAAGGCUGAGUCCAACACUGUUCUGACGGCUAUUGUUCAUGGAAUGACCCAACCAAAUAGUCAUGUUUGUUUGGCAGCCACUACUGCUCUUUAUAAUUCUUUGGAAUUUACAAAAGGAAAUUUCGAAAAGAAAAAUGAACGCGAUUACAUUAUGGAAGUUGUAUGUAAAGCUACUCAAUCAACUGAAACUCAAAUUAAGGUCGCUGCACUUCAAUGUCUGGUUAAAAUUGUUUCUUUAUAUUAUGAAUACAUGGAACUGUAUAUGACAACACUGUUUCCAAUUACACUACAUGCCAUUAAAUCAGAAUUGGAUGAAGAAGCACUACAGGGUAUUGAAUUUUGGUCUAGUAUUGCUGAAGAAGAGGCUGAAAUUGUAUAUGAAAGACAAUGUCAAGAACAACCUAAUGAUAAAAAACUUAUGUUGUACGCUGAAGGUGCAUUGGAAUUCAUAAUACCUGUUUUAAUGGAAAAACUUACAAAACAAGAAGAAGGUGACGACGAUGAUGAUUGGAAUCCAUGUAAAUCAGCUGGCGUUUGUAUAAUGUUACUAGCUACUUGUUGUCAAAGCAAUAUUGUUCAACAUGUAAUUCCAUUCAUAAAUAGUAAUAUCAGCAAUCCAGAUUGGCGUUUUAGAGAUGCUUCAGUGAUGACACUAGGAUCAAUUCUUGGUGGUCUAGACCAGAAUGCGUUAAAAAGUCUAUUAGAACCUAACAUUCCUGUUCUUAUACAUUUGAUGUACGAUUCUAGCGUGGCAGUUCAAGAUACAUCUGCAUGGACAUUUGGCCGCAUAUUUGAGUUUGUACCAGAUUUAAUCAUUAAUUCUUCUUGUUUAAACGAUGUACUUGGAGUAUUUAUUAAAGGUCUCAAAUCUGAACCCCGUGUCGCCACAAACAUUUGCUGGGCUUUUAGCAGUCUUGCACAAGCCACUGGAGAAGAUAUGAAUGUCUUGACUCCAUAUUUUGAUUACAUUGUUCAAGGCUUACUUGAAACCACUGAAAGGGGUGAUGGUAUGAGAUCAAAUUUGAGGUCUGCUGCAUACGAAGCUCUUAUGGAUAUGAUCAAGUGUGCACCUGCUGAUUGUUAUGAAACUGUUAAAAGUACAACAUUAAUCGUACUUAGUCGGUUGAACCAAAUAAUCAAUUUACAAUCCAUGAAUGAAGAUUGUUUGGAUAUGCAAGGACUGUUAUGUGCAACAUUACAAAGUGUUAUAAGAAAAAUGAGUGGUGAAGAUGUAGAAAAAAUUGCCGAUGCCAUUAUGAACGCUCUUUUAGUAAUGUUGAGUACUAGCAAAGAUAGUGGUUUACAAGAAGAUGCAUUAAUGGCUAUAAGUCCUCUGAUAGAAAAUAUUGGAAAAGGAUUCAAUAAGUACAUGGAAUAUUUCAAAACAUACUUAUUUAUCGGUUUACAAAAUAAUAUGGAAUUCCAGGUAUGUUUAGCUGCCAUUGGUUUAGUAGGCGAUUUGUCACGAGCUCUCCGUGAAGAUUUAGCUCCGUAUUGCGAUCAAAUUUUUUCUUUACUUUUUGAAACAUUGAGCAACAAUACUGUUAACCGGAACUUAAAACCACAAAUUCUGUCAUCAUUUGGAGAUAUAGCUCUAGGCAUUGGGUCAGAAUUCAAGAAGUACCUAGAUCAUGUUUUGAAUGCGUUGGUUCAAGUAGCACAACUUCAGUUAGACCCCAAUGAUGCAGAAAUUGUCGAUUACUUAAACGAACUUCGUGAAGGUGUAUUGGCUGCUUAUAUUGGUAUUGUACAAGGGCUGAAAGGUGAAGGAUAUACACCCAAUCAGGAUGUUUAUUUAUUGGAACAACACUUGCCAUUCAUGGUUCGAUAUAUGAUAUCUAUUUGCUCUGAUCCUAAUGCACAUCCAGGAAUAUUGAAGAGUUGCUGUGGUCUUGUUGGAGACUUGUGCACAGCGUUUGGUGCUAAAGCAUGUCCAGUUCUAGACAAUGGAGAAGUGCACGAACUUCUAUACAAAGGACGUCAAUCCACUGAUGUUACUGCCAAAAGCCUAGCUCGUUGGUCUGCGAAAGAACUUCAAAAAAUCAAGACCUUUGCAAUGUAAAAUAUAUUAUAUGAUUUUAAACGUGAGGCUCUAUUGAUCGUUUGUCUUCUCGUAUGAUUGUCUUUAUUUAGUGCCUAUGUAAUUUUUACGGUAUAAAUGGAACCAAAACGUGUCUGUGAUUUUGUAUAACUGUAUGAGUAAAUGUGCUACUCUGUAUUCGUAUUCCUACUAGUGUACGGAUUUUAAAGUUAAGUGAGAAAUUUUUUUUUAUUUAUAUUAGUAUACAUCGAUUGAGCUCAUUUACUCGGCUCGUAUGACUGACUGAUUAUCAAAUAAUAUUUGUUAAAUAUUUAACUUGUAUAUAAUAUUUGUUUAUAAUAUGAAAAAUCUUAAAGUUGUUUCCGAGUGUCCGUUUUGUUCCGAGUGCGUAUUUUUGUAUGAAUGCAAUAUUAUUUAUUUAUAUAUUAGGUAUCUUGUAUUUGUUUUUAUUGCCUGUCCGCCUGUCAUUGAGAAUAGUGUUUAAACAUUAAUUAAAUAGAAUCUUUCAUGAAUAAAAAAAAAAAUAAA